CCGAUGUUCAGUUCUGAACCCACAGCAUCAGGAAGUAAAGGGCGGUGGUUGAGAAACGAAGCAGCAGCUGAUUAGCUUAAAAAUUGUUUCCCCGUAAGAAGAAAUAUACUAAACCUGUCACAAUGUCAAGCAAAAGGGCAAAGGGAAAGACAACCAAGAAGCGCCCUCAGCGCGCCACCUCCAAUGUCUUUGCCAUGUUUGACCAAUCCCAGAUUCAGGAGUUCAAGGAGGCCUUCAACAUGAUUGACCAGAACCGGGAUGGCUUUGUUGACAAAGAGGAUCUUCACGACAUGCUGGCCUCACUGGGGAAAAAUCCAAAUGACGACUACCUGGAGGCCAUGAUGAACGAAGCACCUGGACCAAUCAACUUCACCAUGUUCCUCACCAUGUUUGGAGAGAAGCUCAAUGGCACAGACCCUGAGGACGUGAUCAGAAAUGCAUUUGCUUGCUUCGACGAGGAGGGUACAGGUUUUAUUCCAGAGGAUUACCUCAGGGAGCUACUCACAACAAUGGGCGACCGAUUUACAGAUGAGGAGGUGGAUGAGCUCUUCAGGGAGGCUCCCAUUGACAAGAAGAAUAACUUCAACUAUGUGGAGUUCACACGCAUCCUAAAGCACGGUGCCAGGGAUAAGGACGAUUAAAGCACCUACAACAAAUUGUUUCCUCUGACCUGCCUCUGCCUCUCUGCCGUCAGCUAGAUCAUGCUGCAUGUCUCGACUUUACAGUAAAGGCCCCGUUAAUACAAACCAAAGCAAUAACUAUCCACUCUGUUUGCUGUGAACUUGCAGUUUUGCCAAAUGAGUUUGUAAAAUCUCCUUAAGAUGUGGCAGAACAUUAGUAGCUCGAAGGGAUUUAUGACUUUGCAGUUCAUGUGAUCACAUUUAGCUGAAUUUUUACAUUUAUAAUGUAAACUUUUUAAAAUAAAGCCCUCUAUCAAAUUA